AGCACGCUCGUCAGUGGUCAACAAACGCCCAAUCAGUAGAACAGGAGUUAGUGCGUCCCAUCCAGCUGGAGCGACCAGCAGCUGUUCUACAUCGUACCCAUUUCAUUUGUUUCCAAAGUCCCCCACGAUGAGAACUGCAGGAAACACGGGCAGCAACGUCGUCAUGGAUUCCGCAUCUUUGAUCACGAGUAAUCCAACUUUUUCAGCCGACUUGGUGAACGCACUGUGUCCCCCGAACAACGUAUCUGCUGUGAGGACCCAUCUUACUGCGGCAAUACUGCCAUACCUGGCCAAAUUGAGUAGCACUGUACAAACGCCUAUCGCUGGGAAGAGUAUGACCUCACCAUCAACAACGAGCACAGAAUUUCCAGUGAUCCCGCUUCCGCUCGGCACAAGGUUACUGGACUCAUCGCCCAAACUCAGGAUUAACGACUCCAAUCGAAUUCUCCAGGAUGCACAGAACACCGCAAAGCAGCCCUCGGAAACGUAUGUUCCACCCCCGAGGGCAAUGCCACUCUACUGUGAUGGCUGCAAACAGUAUUUUGCCUCGGAUAUUUUAUACACUUGUCAUUUGAAAAUGAGUUCACAUUUAGUGAAUUUCACCGAGAGCCAUCACUUGAAAACCAAUGGGAAAGUCCGUUGGUCUCUUGAUGACAACAUCCACACGGGAUGUCCUUUCGCACUGUCCUCAGCAGUGAGCCAACUCGGUCUGGUGCUCGCGGCUCCAUUAUUUACUGUGGACGGCGUCCAGUAUGUACCCGUGAACCCUAAAUGUGGUCUUCUAUUAAGUAACCAUAUGCAAAACGACGACCACGUGUCGCCGGAUCAAUGGGUUUCUGCGAGUGGCCAGGAUACGCACGAAGAGGAUGUCACACAACGAUCUAUGUCGGCAGCAACAGUGACAACGGUAACGACUUCCAUCACCCCAAGUAGUGUUUCUAGUCACAACGUGUUAAGUGCGCUAGAUCUAUCUUGUCCGCUAAUCUCAUCGGACUCGAGUGUGACAAUGCUGCCAAUUCAGCGGCUGUUCGACGAGAGGGUCGCAGUGAAUAAUUGCCAAGCAGUUAUAGAGCAAAGUACAGAUUCGUCUAACAAGUAUAUGUCACCAACAGGUACGAACGAUUCAGUUGCCACAAAUGCUGCAAAUAAACAAAAUUUAGGCCACAUAAGUCCCGAGAUGCUACAACUUGUCGCAACCCUGCUAUCCAGCAUGGUGAUUCCAACCGGCACGAACCGCUCACCACCCAAGUAUGUUCCACAAGCAAAAACUGAUCAUCCAAUGACUCCAGAACCCUCCAUUUCCACUGUACCAUUCAAUCUACCUCAGUUUAUUGCUCAACUCUAUCUCAACAGUAUCCCGUGCAACAGUCAAAAUUUAAUGAACCUACCGGGAAGUUUUGACAGUGGUGCGAACUCCGCCAUUUCCUCAUCUACCAACGAUAUGUCAUCCGCUGUGGACAGUGUACAGCCUUCCGCACCAUAUCAUCAACCCCAGCUACUGCCGGCUCAAUCAAGUCUGGCUCACGCCUCCGCUCUAACUGAACUAGUACCAGCAAUUACUGUUUUCAAUUCUGUGUACCAAGGUGAAUUAUGCGAUGCCCUCGGUUACAUGGAAAGUAACGCACAUACAACCUCCGCACUACUACCAAAGAAUUUUGCUCCAUCCGGGGUCGAGUGUUCAAUUAGUCCGGCGCAAUCUCCACAACCUGAAAGCACACCACACCGGCCUUACUUGUGCACUUAUUGUCAGACUCGAUUCCUGGCGUACUCAACAUUUCAAGCACAUCAACAAUCUUAUUGUCAGGCUCGCAGAGACGCUAUUCGUAAUCCGAUUACGGCACCAACCAGCUCAGCAUCGACCAUGGCGAUGACAGCAAAUGCUGUGGCGGUUAGCGCUAACCAACCAUCUGGUUUGGGAAACUCCAGUGGACCUGCGAAGCGGCGUCGUACCCAACCAAUCAGUCCACAUGCAUUGAUUGAGACCCAACCAUCCACGAAGGCAUCUGACAGUCGACUGAGCUUUUCGUCAUCUAACGUGUCUUCCGCGUCGGGCAGUGGAGAUGAAGGAGAUAUGAGACGAGCCAAAGAGGUCAUCGCGUCCAACAAGACGGAAACCCUGAAACCAACAUCAAAAAUGCCUUCAGAAAACGCCAAUGCAGAGAACAUUAACUUGGCGACCGUAUGGGAGCAGUGUGGGAGUGUGGAACUCCGCUGUGCCGCUUGCGGAUACGUGGGGCAAACAUCAAGGGGAAUGAAGAUGCACAAGCGAUUGCAUGAGUGCAAGGGCGUCGCAACUAGGGAGGCAAAACAAUCUGGAAAGAAACGUGACCGAGAAUCCACCAACGAUGAUUCCGUACAUUUCAGAGUCGACCGAUCACGGGAGAAGCAUAGCGAGAGAGGAUUUCUCAUGCGAGUACCGGAAGAACCAGUGAAAUCAGAAUCCGUGUGAAACGCCCCAAAUCUCCGUGUGCGCCACACUUAAACUUUGUGAUAUACGACAUCAAGUUCCGGUUCAAACAGCCGGAUAGCCUUUGGAUGUUCCAGCAAGAUCCAAACUUAUCCGUCAACAAGCUCAUUUUUAGCUCUGCCCACUACAUGUACAUAUGCUGAACUUCUCUAUCUUCCCAAUUUGAACUGGUAGUCAACAGUUCAAAAUAAAACGAAUCAUUUCAAACCAUAGCAACACAUUGUUUUGGGGUAAAUAUGAGCAAGAAGAGAGUAUACAAUAAGGGGCACAUUACGUCAGAAGUAGGAGGAAUGGUAUAUUGCACAGAGGAAGAAACUGCUCAGU